AUGUGUGAUAAAUGGGGAAUUUCAAAAGAUUACCAUGAAGUUCGUUCUAAAUUCGCUAUUAAACAUUUUGAAGAAGUUGAUGGUGAUAGAAGAUUGAAUGUUACAGAAGAUAAUUUUAAAGUUCGAGUUUUCUUACCAAUGAUUGAUACAGUUAUUUUUCAGCUUUCUAACAGAUUUAACGGAUUAAAGGAAAUAACUGAAAACUUUUAUUUUUUAUAG